AUUCCAGCUCAUGCGAAAGAUUCAGGAACCAGAUGUCCUUGAGACGUACCUGUCAUAUCCUCCAUUUCUCCCGUCAUCUCAGAAACCACUCAACUCGAGAGGAAUUCGACUUCAACGGAUUUAAAAUAAGUCUUUUAUCCUUGUAUUAGAUUAUAUUGGAAAGAAAAGGAUCCGGUUUGCUCCAAGCUUUCGUUUAUAUUUGCAGAGAAGGAACCAUCUGGUACUUGCUGAGUGCGUUACUUCCACAUUUUGCUUAAACUAUAAGAAACUGUUGUAAUUGAUCCUAUUUCGCUAUCUAUUUUUAAAAUAAAUCCCAAAAGAAUGUCGAUACCUAGGUUUAUGUUUGGAAAGCGAAAUUUAUGGAGCAAUCCAUUGAAGAUCAAAGGAAGUCUUCCAUAUCAAACUCUACGCAAUUAUUCAAAAAAAUCAAAGGAAUCCCCGUCGUUUUCAAUGACAGUUCCUGAGGCUACCAAGUAUUUACGGGCUCUCAGUGUCUCUGUUCCUUUUGAUGGAUCAUAUGUCCUAUCAGUGGGCCUUCGAACCAGACGAGGACUUCCACCUGUUCGAGGAAAAGUGUUAUUUCCUCAUCCAUUUCUUGAGGCCCCUAAACUUUGUGUCUUCGCUGUUGGGGAUGCAGAACGAGAGGCUUUACAACAUGGUGCAACCUAUGCCGGUGGAGAAAAUCUCGUACAAAAGGUAUUAGCAGGAGAAAUAGAGUUUUCAAAAUGCUUGGCUCACCCUAAUGCUGCUCAUUUGUUGCCCCAAGUAGCAAAAAUUCUAGGACCAAAACAUUUACUGCCUACAACUAAACGCGGAACUAUAGUUGAGGAGGUAGGCCCUGCCGUGGAAGCUGCAAUGAAAAUGACGGAUUAUCGAGAAACAAAUGGUGUCAUUAAUGUUCCUGUUGGGAAGCUGAAUUAUGACGAUAAGUUACUACAAGACAAUGUUGAAGCUUUACUCAACAGUAUACGCAGCCAUAUCUCCAAGCUUUCAACAAAAGUCAAAGUUAGUAUCAAAAACACUCAUCUUUUCGCUUCCAACACAAUUUCUCUACCUCUUCCCUAUAAAUAACGGCUCUUAUACCUUCUUUCCUUAGCUCUGUACUCUCAUCGAAUUACAGAAAAGACAUCCUCUUGUAAUCUUUCAUGUUUUUCCUAUUUUCGGUUAAUAUACUUAUUCUUCUUCAAUAUAUUUGU